AAUUACUGAGGGAGGGUGCGGUCACUGACUGACAAGAGUUUGGCGCUUUGACGGGGAGGAUGGAGGAGACCAGGAAUACAGACAGCGGCUUCGUAGACCUAAAUUACGCCAAGUCCGUUUCUGGCAUUUUCAAGAUUGUACAAGCGAUUGUGGUAUUCAUAGCAUUCCUGUGUAUAAGGUUGUCAGAUGGAACGGGCAGCUCAACUUACCGCUACUUUGAAGUUGUGACCAUCUGGUUUUUUGUUAUGGCUUUGGUCUUUUACACCAUUUACUUCACAAGACUUCAUCUGAAAAUCACUUGCAUUCACUGGUCACUAACAGAAUUUCUUCAUUAUGCUGUUGCUACAAUUCUGCUGUUAAUUGCUUCAAUUGUUGGAGCAACUAAGACUGCUGGCAGUGCUGGAUUGGCAGCUGGGGUGUUCUUUGGCUUUGCUUCGACAGUUCUGUACGGUAUUGGUACAUGGCAAUCCUACAAGACAUGGCGUGUCCCUCAACCAUCAACUGUGUCUGUAUAACUGAUCAAUGCUGGAUGUUGAGAAGACAAAGCUGGUUCAUUUUGAAUUUAUAUAAGACCCAGAGUCUCUACUGCUUGACUUUUAAAGUCUGAAGAUUCACUUCAUAAAAAAGACUUGAUAAUUCAUAUGGUAUCAUUAUCUAAGAAUUUAAAUAUUUUUAUAUAUUUUUAAAACUGUGUUAAGCAAUUCUACCAAAAAUGUUGAAAAAUGGAUUGAAAUCUUUGGAUAAAAAUUUAAUGUCCCAUUGAAAUGUAUUACAGCUUUACCACCCAGUAUUCACAUCAUGAUUUUAGCAUGUUCUUUAAAACAUGUGGAAUUCAAUCAAUCAUUACAGCCACAGUGUUUAUAAUUUUAAAUAAAUGUGAUUAAAAUCCAAGGUUGGGAAUAGCAUUUGACUUAUCAUAAUUUUGCCAUGUGUACAAGCUUUUGCAGCUUUCUUCUGUGACCCUGAAAUGUGUUUCAUACAUGCUUCUGUUUAGUGUGUUUCUAUUAGUUGAAAACACCAGUAUGAAGUGCCUUUACAUAUCAUUUGUAUGUAUUAUAUGUAAAAGUUUGGGGGGGAAAAAAACAAUCAUUUCCAUCUCGCAUUUGUUUGCUUCAUGCAGUGAAACAAGAGAUACUAAAGUGUUUGCAAGCCUGAAGCGAACAAUAUAUAGUAUAAAGCUGAUGGUUUUUAUUGCUCAUUGACUUUUGCAAGCCUGAUGUGGGACUUUGUAAUGGAUAUUUUAUAUCCUUGUAACUUAAAUUUGUUGAAAAUAUUUAAUAAAGACGGAUUGUGACAAAA